CCCGACGGGGAGAAAAAACUCAAUAUCUGACUUUUUGGUUGGUAAUCUGCAUAACUAAGAAUAAACUGCAUUUCCAGCCGCCAGCCGGGAGUGGAUUUUUUCCCCUUUAAUCUCUCGUUGAAGAUGCAGCGAAGCGGCGUCCGGAGAACGUUCCGGAAUGAUAAACGCAUCUGAUAGAAGCCCGGCGCGGACGGGACCUUCUCGCCAUCCAGCCUCAGACGGCAUGCGCCGGGGCCAGCGGGUGAGUAGCAGAUGAAAAUCUUUAAAUUGCCCUCGCUUGGGGUUAACCUGAGGGUGCGCGGUCAGCCAGGGACUCCUCCGCCUCACGCCUGCCUCCUCGCACGAUGCCCACCCUACCCGCAGACCAGGAGGACUCCGCCGAGGCUCGGCACACGCUGAGGGAUCCGGCUGCAGCGGGGAGGACGUGCGUGACACCUGCCAUCAUCCUCCCGGAAUGUCAGCAGUCCCUCAAUGACACCCCCGAGAAAAACUGCCUUGAAAAGAGACGGCCGCACAGCCCCUCUCUGAGAGUCCAUCGUCACUCGCGCUCCUCUCUCUCUUCGGCCGGCUCCUUGAUAUCUGUCGCCACUAACGGGCAGGUGAUUGACCUCGUAAACGACAACUUACCUGACGUCAGGAUCUCCGAGGAGGACAAACAGAAGAACCUCGAACUAUUGGAAGAAGCAAAGAAAGUGAGUGAGCGUUUUCUGACCCGGAGAGGUAGAAGAUCCAGAUGCAGCCUCACAGACUCCCCGACAGGGGUGUCUCCGGCGCUGAGCCCCAAGCUUUCCCCGGUGCCAUCACCGAGUAAUUCAUUCUCCUUCCCGCCGCCGCCAGGUUCUGACCCGUAUCCCCCUGCGCUCCUCGGGGCGGCAGCCAUAUUGCAGAACGUCACAAAGGGACUGGCGGACAGAAAGCAGAAUGAUCAGAGGAAGAUAUCUCAGGGAAGACUGACCCCUCGCUCCCCAGUCUUUGUAACCUCCAAAGAGACGCUUUCCGAGCAUAAGGAGAACUUUGACCCCUUAAAGAACAUGGCCGGCGCGUACAAAGCCGGAGGGGCGGAAAAAGGCCAAACAUCUCUCAGUAAGAGUCCCGACAAUGAAAUUGGGAAGUCGCUUCUGAAGAAACAGCGGGAAAGUGACUUGGUCCAGGGGGGCGCCGCGCAGACCUCGACUUUGGGAUCCCCGCAGGACUCGCCUGCCUCCAGAGUUCUGCCCCAAGCGCCCGGGAACCGACCCCCUUUAUUGAGAGCCCUGUCCUGGGACAGUUUGGGCCCCGGGAACAAAGACAAAGCAGGUUUAGAUUCGCCAGAAAAAGACCUUCUCCAUUCACAAGACAAAUGCAGCGGUAAGACGGCGAAGUUUGCAGACCUGAAGGACUUCCACAUCCAGCCGGUUCGCCUGCAGAAGCUCACCAAGCUGAGAGAGGAACACAAGCUGAUGCGGAGUCAUAACCUCACCGGGCAGAAACUCCCCGAUCUGAGCGAGGCCGCCGAACAGGAAAGAGGUUCUUCUCCUGUCCAAUCUGCGGAUGAAGACGAGGGAAAGGGAGACUCGGACGUGAUGCCCAAUAUCCCGGACAUCUUAUUACGCAAACUGCGGGUCCACAAGUGUCUUCCCAACAGCGCUCCGCCGCUGACCGAGAAAGAAGUAGAGAACGUGUUUGUUCAGCUGGCGCUGGCGUUUCGGAAUGACAGUUAUACCCUGGAAGCUCGGCUGAGUCAGGCCGAGAGAGAGAGAAAUCUCACCGAGGAAAAUAACGAGAAGGAGCUGGAGAAUUUUAAGGCUGCGGUGAUGUCUUCGGCCUCCAUAUGGCAGAGCAGCGAACACCGAGAGACUUUCCAGAAGCUCCUAGAGGACAUCGCUGUCCUUCAUCGCUUAACCACCAGACUCUCGAGCCGGGCGGAAAUGGUGGGCGCCGUUCGGCAGGAGAAACGAAUGUCGAGGGCCACAGAAGUGAUGAUGCAGUACGUGGAGAACCUGAAGAGGACGUACGAGAAGGACCACGCAGAGCUGAUGGAGUAUAAGAAGCUGGCCAAUCAGAAUUCCAGCCGGAAUUACGGCGGAUCCGAUGAUGGCGUACCGAGGUCCUCGCGCUCCAUGUCUCUAACCAUCGGCAAGAACAUGCCGCGCCGGCGAGUCAGCGUGGCCGUUGUUCCGAAAUUUAAUUUAUUAAACAUUCCCGGCCAGUCUCCCACCUCGUCCCCCAUCCCUGCCCUGCCGUCCUUAGCCGAUUCGCCGGCCGCUAGAAGCAGUUUACAGAACUCACUGGGAUUAUCGCCGCUCUUAGAGAACGGAAAACCAAACGUGGACGCGGAAUGUGAGAUGGCGGCCGGAUCGAUGCCCCCCGGCGCCCAGGAUGAGAUUAACCCCGAGAUAAAAGCCAAGAUAGAAGAGGACGCGUAUAAUAAAGGGUAUCAGGAAGGGUUAAAGAAAAUCCAAGUAAUACAAGAGUUCAAAGAGGAAGAUGAGGAGAAACCCAGCGAUGGUCCUGCGGGAUAUGAAGAGGAGGAAGAGGAAGGGUUAACCGAGUUAAGGACGAGUAAAAUUGACGAGUGCGUUGAUUACGUGCACAUGCUGUACCCCAAGUUACUGAACCAUUGGAACGUCUUCUCGCUGGUGGCCGCCGGGGUCAUCCUGCUGGCCGUGAUGCUGAGCGUCUACAACUCGCUCACAUCUUGUUCAGAAAUCCCUGAUGGAGCCGACAGCAAAGCCACCUGUUCAGCGUCCCAAAAAUACUCGUGGUGGACAUCGGGGCUCCAACAAAAGCAGCGCAGGCCGUAGGAAGAGAAUAGAACGUUACCGGCGGGCCCUGCGGACACUUCCGGGGCAACGGGCCGGGGAGCAGGACA